GCUGGCCCCGCCGGCGCCAUGUGAUGCCCUCUCCUCCCCGGGCUCUCCCGGCGCGGAGCGGAGCGGAGCGGAGCAUCCCCGGGGCCGCCGGCCGCGUCCCGCCCGGAGCAGCUCCCGCGGGGCCGGUCCUGCCUGGUUCCCAGAGCCGUCCCACUCCCAGCUCCUCCCAGACCUGCAGCUGAAGCCUCCCCUGAGGACCCUCAUCCUUGCAGCUGAUCUCCCAGAACUGCUCUUCCCACCUUCAGCCCCAUCUCAGGUUCUCCACUUGCCAGAGCAUCGCUUCAGCCGGGGUUAACAGAGCUCAGACUGCAGAAACAACUGAGGGCAGAGCUUUGUCCCCCGUGCUCCCCGUGAGGCUCCGUGCCCAGGGCUGCUCCCACAUCCGCAGCCGGGCAGGACCCGAUGCUGUUGGCAAUGAGCGCCUGCAGCAGGAAGGCGCUGACCCUGCUCAGCAGCGUGUUCGCCGUCUGCGGCCUCGGCCUCCUGGGCAUCUCCGUCAGCACCGACUACUGGCUCUACCUGGAGGAGGGCAUCGUCCAGCCCCAAAACCAGACGGCAGAGAUCAAGCUCUCGCUGCACUCGGGGCUCUGGAGGGUCUGCUUUCUGGCAGGUGAGGAGCGUGGCCGGUGCUUCACCAUUGAAUACGUCAUGCCCAUGAACAUCCAGCUGACAUCUGAAUCCACAAUCAACGUCCUGAAGAUGAUCCGCUCUGCCACCCCCUUCCCUCUGGUCAGCCUCUUCUUCAUGUUCAUCGGCUUCAUCCUGAGCAACAUCGGCCACAUCCGGCCUCACAGGACCAUCCUCGCCUUCGUCUCGGGGAUAUUCUUCAUCCUGUCAGGUCUGUCACUGGUGGUGGGGCUGGUCCUCUACAUAUCCAGCAUUAACGAUGAGAUGCUCAACAGGACCAAGGACUCGGAGUCGUUCUUCAAUUACAAAUACGGGUGGUCCUUUGCCUUCUCUGCCAUCUCGUUCCUUCUCACAGAGAGUGCCGGGGUGAUGUCUGUCUACCUGUUCAUGAAGCGCUACACAGCCGAGGACCUCUACAGACCCCACCCCAGCUUCUACCGGCCCCGCCUGAGCAACUGCUCCGACUACUCGGGGCAGUUCCUGCACCCGGACGCGUGGGCACGGGGCCGCAGCCCCUCGGACAUCUCCAGCGAGGCGUCCCUGCAGAUGAACAGUAACUACCCAGCCCUGCUCAAGUGCCCUGACUACGACCAGAUGUCCUCGUCCCCGUGCUGAGCCCCGGCGGCCCCGCGCCCGCUCCGAUGGUCGCCGCGUCCCGACUCCGUUUGUCGUUUUUUCAGGCCGCUCUUUCUGGCCAAUUCUCUAUUUAUAGGAGCGUAAAUAUAACCAGAGAGAUUGGUUAUAUAACCAAUAGUGUAACCUAGAGAAUUGGGAUGUUUCCCUUUCUUUGUUUUUUUGGGUUGUUUUAUUCCUCCCCGCAUAACUAAGAAUCUCUCCAAAGUCCUCCUCUCUCAGCUCAUCCCGCUGAGCAAACAGCAGUUCUGCCUGGGGGAUAAAUCCAGGGCUGGACUCGAGAGCAGGAAAAAGAAAAUAGAGUAGAACUAAGGGGAAAAAAGGUGUAUUUUUUUGGUGUAGGUAGGUAGGUAGGCUGCUAAAGUUUGUGCAUUCGACUGUAUCAUUGAAUUCUGUAUUUACGGGCCUGAGCCCCAGCAGGCAUCAAAGAUUUGUGUAACUUUCCAAGAAACAACCAGCAUUAGAAAAAUAUAAAUUUUGUCUUGACUGAACAUGUACUGAUUGGUAUCUCUCACUGCUGGAUAUCACUUCCAGCCAGGCUGGAAUGGGAAAUAGCCAUCCUUUGAUGAGACCUCAGCAGGCUUGAACACCAGCAGGUUGUUGUUCCUCUAUGGCCAU